GUGGUUCCUACGACUACACAGCUAGACUCGGGACAACCUUCCCUGGAGCGAUCCACGGCCUCGUUUUCCAGCGCCGCCGCCGCCAACGCUCGCCCUCGCUUGCCAUACGAUGCGGAUGACUUCGAUGGUCACGAUGAUUCAGGCCACUCACUACAGCUCAACCGCAUCUUACUCAAUCCCCACCAUGAGCCGCUUUGAGUCUGCGCCUACCCAGGCCGCGGGACCUGCCGCGCCCAGAUUUACGCAGAAUCUCCCGGGAGCAACAGUCCGCGCCAAUUCUGGAACCGCUCCUCCUAAGCUCCACGGCAAUUCCUUCGCUGCCGAAAGUUCCCGCGUCUCUUCUGCCAUCAACUCGCGCGCCAGAGACACGUCCUCUGCUCCGUCAAGCAGAUUCAACAGACACGCCUACGGCCAUCCGAGUACCGCGCCUAUAUCGCAACGCGGCGGCACCAGCGUGAGUGGCAGUAGCACUAGCACCAAGGACAAGUCUUCCCGCAAGUGGCCGAAGGGCGACAACCGCAAGAAGUUUGAUGUUCUGCCUCCCUUUGAGUAGUGAAUGGGCCGCAACUCGUAGUGGCCAGCUGUGUUACCUUCCUGGCUGACAGGCCCAGUCCAGGCCGUUUAGUCAGCCACUAGACUAGGACAAAGGCUUGACUGAAGCUGCUGCCAUCACAGUCGGCCCAACUAGUAGCACCAGAGUUUCUAUGGGAAAAGG